GCAAGUUGUGCACCUUUCCUUGCCGCAGCAAGCAGUCAGUUCGUCGUCGUUUGCCUUUCGUUGUGCACAUGCCCGUUUUCGUCGCUCGCCAUUUGUAUGUCGUGUAUUCGCCGUCGCCUUUAACAAAGCGGUUUUCUCACAUUCGUGUUUGGUAGCAGGAAAAUUGUGUACUUAACGGCAAAUAGUUGUGAAAGAAACCAACUGAAGAGUAGUAGUCGAACGCGUUUUCAAGAAGCGUGCACCCAGGGACGAAGAUAAUAUGUUAAACACAACAAUAAAAACAAACACAACAGUGGCAAGACAGUUCAAAAAUAACUAAACUAAAUUAACAAAAAUUCAAAGCAAAAAAUAAAUAAAUAAAUAACGAAGUGCAACAACAAAAUACAUAUAGUUUUAAAUUCCACCACAUAAAGUCGUCUUAAUACAUUUUUACUAAAUAAAAAUAUGUGCCGAUGCUUAGAGAAACAAGUGCUGCAUUAGUGUUAUUUUAAAUAUCGGAAAAGAAAACAGAAAAAACUCCCUUUUCGGCAGUCGCUUAUAGCGUUAAAUAGCCAAAAUUAAUUUUUCUCACCCAUCAUACGCCCAGGCUGCCAAAAUGCUUGUUGGCUCACAUCCGUAUCUGUGCAAUGGCGUACUGCCGUCUACGGUGCCCAAUGCGGCUGCUGCUGCUGCCGCCGCCGCCGCUGCGGCUGCCGCGGCUGUUGCAAAUUCGAAUGGCAACAAUCCAAAUCAGACUCAAACAAUGGCGGGUAGUAAAAAUGCCGCCGGCUCAGCGACAGAUUUCUCAAUAGCUGCGAUAAUGGCCAGGGAAGAUGCCUCCAGCCGGGAGUCCUCCAUACGCAGUGCAAGUCCCAUCUCCGUGGAAGAUGAAGUGGAUGUUGAUGUGGUUGAUUGCAGCGAUUCAGAAGAACCACCACCGGCCAAGGUGCGCCGCCUACAUCACAACAAUAGUCACCAUCAUGGCCACAGCCACAGUCACAGCAAUAACAACAACAACAACAACAACAAUAGUAAUAGUCAUAAUCACAAUAAUAGCAGCUCAUCGCAGAAUCAUCUGAAUAGCAGUACAACCAGCAGUCAGGGUCGUUCCACACCUCCCCAAUCGCCCGGCACCGACACGGAGGAACGUCUCACACCCGAGCCGCCUCAGAAGACGCCGAAAAUUGUGGGCUCCUGCAAUUGUGAUGAACUGAAGCCGGUGCAAUGUCAUUUGGAGACAAAAGAAUUGUGGGAUCGCUUUCAUGAGCUGGGCACCGAGAUGAUUAUCACCAAAACCGGCAGAUGCCUCUGUCGUCCCAUCUCCGUGGAAGAUGAAGUGGAUGUUGAUGUGGUUGAUUGCAGCGAUUCAGAAGAACCACCACCGGCCAAGGUGCGCCGCCUACAUCACAACAAUAGUCACCAUCAUGGCCACAGCCACAGUCACAGCAAUAACAACAACAACAACAACAACAACAAUAGUAAUAGUCAUAACCACAAUAAUAGCAGCUCAUCGCAGAAUCAUCUGAAUAGCAGUACAACCAGCAGUCAGGGUCGUUCUACACCUCCCCAAUCGCCCGGCACCGACACGGAGGAACGUCUCACACCCGAGCCGCCGCAGAAGACGCCGAAAAUUGUGGGCUCCUGCAAUUGUGAUGAACUGAAGCCGGUGCAAUGUCAUUUGGAGACAAAAGAAUUGUGGGAUCGCUUUCAUGAGCUGGGCACCGAGAUGAUUAUCACCAAAACCGGCAGCAUAGAAAUUCAACGCAGAAUCACUAUUGCCAACAAGUGA